UGGGGGGGAGAUCAUUUCAGUCCCGGCUCCAGCCCAGAACUCUCAGCAGCAGAACCAGUCAGUCCUCCCGGGCAUCACUGCGCCUCUUUGCGCCUCUGCUCCUCUUCAGCCGACCUGCCUUUCAUGUUCAUCAUGUGCUGAAUGUUCAGUGGGAAUGUGUGAUGUACAGUCUGGAGCAAACUAAGGAAUUCAGCCACAAGACUUUCUAAUUGGACAAGACCCCAAUUGCCCCAAUGUGUGAUAAUAAUAAUAACUACUAGAUUCCCCGACGCUUCCAUAGAAAGGCAAGAAGAACUCUCUGCGCCCCUCAUCUGCCCCAGCACCUCCCUGUCUGCGCUUGUUCUGCGCGUGGUACCCUCAGGAUGAAGCUUUGCGCCCGGCUCCCUCUCUGCGCCCUCCUCGCUCUCCUUUCUCUCCCCAGGACUGAGACUUGCCCGGCGCGUUGCGAUGUCUCCCGCUGCCCCAGUCCCAUCUGCCCCAGUGGUUAUGUCCCCGACCGCUGUAACUGCUGCCUGAUCUGCGCUGCGGGGGAGGGGGAUCCUUGCGGGAGGGAAGGGGACCCCCCAUGUGGGGACAGUCUGCAGUGCAAACCCCCUGCCGGCAUGAGAGGAGCGAAAGGAACGUGUCAGUGCAAACACAGCAGCCCCGUGUGCGCUAAUGACGGGCAGACCUAUGAGAACCUGUGUCAGCUGAAGGCCGCGAGCAGGAGGGCCCUACAGAAAGGACACUCACCUGUGGUGCUGCUGCAGAAGGGAACCUGCCAAUCGGGUCACCAACAUCCCAACAGUCCAAGAUACAAAUUUAACUUCAUUGCUGAUGUGGUGGAAAAGAUUGCUCCGGCUGUUGUGCACAUUGAACUUUUCCUGAGGCACCCACUAUUUGGCCGUAAUGUCCCUCUAUCCAGCGGAUCUGGGUUUAUCAUCUCAGACCUGGGAUUAAUUGUGACCAAUGCGCACGUGGUAUCCAGUAGCAACACUGUAUCGGGCCGGCAGUAUCUUAAAGUGCAACUGCACAACGGGGAUUCCUAUGAGGCCACAAUAAAAGAUAUUGAUAAGAAAUCUGAUAUUGCAACAAUCAAGAUUUACCCCAGAAAAAAGUUGCCGGUCUUGCUGCUGGGCCAGUCUGCUGAUCUAAGACCUGGAGAAUUUGUUGUGGCCAUUGGAAGCCCCUUUGCCCUACAGAACACAGUAACCACUGGAAUUGUGAGCACAGCUCAAAGAGACGGGAAAGAACUGGGGCUGCGGGACUCCGACAUGGACUAUGUUCAAACAGACGCCAUUAUUAACUAUGGAAAUUCUGGAGGACCUCUGGUGAAUUUGGACGGGGAGGUGAUUGGAAUCAAUACACUCAAGGUUGCAGCAGGGAUUUCCUUUGCCAUCCCCUCGGAUCGGAUCACUAAGUUCAUGACGGAAUCACAAGACAAAAAAUACAAAGAUGGCAAAAAGCGUUUCAUUGGAAUAAAGAUGCUGACAAUUACUCCUUCAUUUGCUGAAGAAAGAAAACAGCACAACCCUGACUUCCCGGAUGUUACCAGUGGAAUUUAUGUCCAUGGGGUGGUGCCCAAUUCACCUGCCCAGAGAGGUGGCAUUCAAGAUGGAGACAUUAUAGUGAAAGUGAACGGGCGGCCUCUGGUGACAUCGAGUGACCUGCAUGAAGCCGUGAUGAAGGAAUCUCCUUUACUCCUGGAAGUGCGAAGAGGAAACGAUGACAUGCUGUUCAACCUUGAGCCAGAAGUUUCCAUGUAGCUUGGAAAGACUCAACUUGCACUGAAUGGAACAAUUUCCUCUGCAAGUUCUACAGAACAACAAGUACAGACCUAGUGACCUCAGCUCAGCCUGGCAAUUUGUGUUUCAAGCUCCCAAACAUGAAGGGUGGAUCCCAGACUUGCAUAAUGCUAAAACUAUGACCAACCAAGCCAACCAGACUUUGUGCUCAACCUCUUCAUUGUCAAACCUUCAACACUGAGGUUCUUUGACGCUCAAAGGUUCUUCAUCAACAUAAUAUACCUCCUUUCCAAAUAA